CAACAGCUUCGCCUCAUCCGAAAACACAAACAUUUCUCAAUCUCUGCGACAAUGGCCGUCUUAGUUCUCUCUGUCCUAAUACUCUCAUGCUUCUCAGCAAUCCCAUUCACACAUGCAGAUUCUGGGAUGAUCGGUGUGAACUACGGCCGGAUAGCAGACAACCUCCCGGCGCCGGAGAAGGUGGUUGAGCUUCUGAAAUCCCAAGGAAUCAACCGCGUCAAGCUUUUCGACACCGACAAAACCGUCCUAAUCGCGCUCGCAAACUCCGGCAUCAAAGUCGUCGUCUCGCUCCCCAACGAGAAUCUCACCGCCGCCGCCGUGGAUCAGAGCUACACCGACAAAUGGGUCCAGGAGAACGUGAAGAAGUACACGCCGGCGACUGAUAUCGAAGCGAUCGCCGUCGGGAACGAAGUGUUCGUCGAUCCCAAGAACACGACGAAGUACCUCGUCGCAGCUAUGACGAACGUUCACAGCUCUUUGGUUAAGUUCAAUCUCGACGAAUCGGUUAAGAUCUCGUCGCCGAUUGCGUUGAGCGCGUUGGCGAAUUCGUAUCCACCCUCCGCCGGUUCGUUUAAACCGGAUUUAAUCGAACCGGUUAUUAAACCAAUGCUCGAUCUCCUCCGCAAAACGUCGUCGCAUCCGAUGGUGAAUGCUUACCCGUUCUUCGCGUACGCGGCUAACGCCGAUAAGAUCCCGUUGGAUUACGCGUUGUUCAAGGAGAACGCCGGCAAUGUAGAUUCCGGUAACGGUUUGAAGUACAACAGUCUCUUCGACGCGCAAAUCGACGCCGUUUACGCAGCCAUGGCCGCCGUGGGAUUCAACGACCUCAAGCUCGUGGUGACGGAGACGGGAUGGCCUUCUGCAGGAGACGAGAACGAGAUCGGCGCCGGCUCGGCUAACGCGGCGGCUUAUAACGGCGGGUUAGUGAAAAGAGUGUUGACGGGUAACGGAACGCCGUUAAAACCGAAUGAGCCGCUUAACGUCUAUCUGUUCGCUCUAUUUAACGAGAACCAGAAAACGGGGCCCACGUCGGAGAGAAACUACGGGUUGUUUUACCCGAACGAGAACAAAGUGUACGACGUUCCGUUCUCCGCUACGGUAACGCCGGUGAGCGAUAGCAAAGUGAAGGUCCCGGUGAAUACGCCGUCGCCGCACGUGGGACAGACGUGGUGCGUGGCGAACGGGAAGACGACGAAGGAGAAGCUUCAGGAAGCUCUCGACUACGCUUGCGGCGAAGGAGGCGCUGAUUGCCGUCCGAUUCAAAAGGGUGCCACGUGUUACGAUCCGGAGUCGUUAGAGGCGCACGCUUCUUACGCGUUCAACAGUUACUAUCAGAAGAACUCACGUGGUAUUGGCACGUGUGACUUUGGUGGUGCAGCGUACGUGGUCUCGCAACCUCCCAAGUACGGGAAAUGCGAGUUUCCAACCGGGCAAUGAAAUGGUUAUGGAGUAUCGAGCGGAUUAAAUUAGUAGCAUUUUCUCGUUAUUUAUUUAAGAGUACACUGUUUUCUCAUUCGAGUAAUGAUUAUUUAUUUAUUUAUAUGCGUAGAAUUCAUUUCGCUAUUGUAUAUUUGGCUGGUUUCAUCGUUUAAUAGAGUUCUCAGUAUUUUUUUCUUAA